AUGCGCCCUACCGUAUCCUCACUAGCACGAAUAGCCUCGAGAGGUAAACGCCCACCACCUCUUGGAUCCAUCACCGCUCCCUCUUCUUCUUCCUCUUCGAGAUUAUCGGCAAUUCCCCAACCUACCGCAUCUUCAAGUUCAAGUUCUGGCUCGACGCUGCGCGAAGAAGGAUGGUAUCAUGUGAAUAGGAGCGAAGGUGGGAAAUUACCUGUUUAUUCGAAAAUUAGGAAUGGUGGAGCUGUCACUACGAUCAUAAGGAAGGUUGAUACCCUCCAAAAUCAACUUACAUCCUACCUGGCCGAUCUCCACAUAGACCCAUUCACGACAUCACCCAAAGUCACCGUACGCCCCACAAACAAUCACCUGCAGAUCAAAGGUCAUUGGGUAGAUCAGGUGAAAGGUUAUCUGGAAGGCAGGGGAUUUUAA